AUGGUAAUUCACAUCUCUAGUAAGAACACAAAACACAGACCUUCGAUUUCCGAAUCUAUAUCGGUAUCUCUAGGAUUACAACAUCAAGACUUGUCAUCCUCUGUUGAGAUGACGAAUGACACUGAUUCACAAAUACCCAAUGCAGGUCAUAAACAUAGUCUCCCUUUCCUUCACAAUGAUGGUUCCUAUAUUGGGCGCUCUUAUAUUAAUAGGUUUGUAUCGGGGUCUCCUUCUUUGACGAGGUCAUCGAGGAAUGACUUGAACGUUGGUCAAUUUUCAAAAUCUCUUUAUAAUAAACCAAUAUAUGAAUCAAGAAAAUUACAUGAUGAGACGGCAGAGAUUUCAAAAGAUUUUGAUAGAAUAUCAAUCGAAGAUCAUAAUAUCAAAAAAUAUAUAGACUACAUAGAGAACGGAAAUGAUCAUCAUCACCAGAGUAUUGCCAACAAUAAUAACAUCAAUAACAAUAACACCAACAACAACAAUAAUAAUAACAUAUACAAUGAGAUGGAAGAAAUCAUUACUGACAGAGAUGUAGAAAAUAGCAUUCCUUCUGUUACUUUAUCAAAGGCUUCCGAUGAUGGAACAGAUGAAUAUUCAAGAUUAUUUCUAUCACCAGUAGCUUCUAAAUCCUCUCAAUUACAAAGGGAUUCCGCAUUAACCACAUAUAACUCCAUAUCAUCCUCAAAUUCGGCAUCACGCCCUGUGGGCCUCUUUGAAAGAUUGUCAUCAUAUUCCGGAGAAAUUGUCGGAUAUUUACCAGCAGCCGUAUUAGGGCUCCUACUAAACAUCUUAGAUGCUUUGUCUUAUGGUAUGAUCAUAUUUCCAAUCACAGAACCAGUUUUCUCACAAUUGGGACCCACAGGAUUAUCAAUGUUUUAUAUAUCCACUAUCAUAUCGCAAACUGUAUUCUCUAGUGGCUGGUCGAGUUUUCCAUGUGGUAUUGGCAGUGAAAUGAUAGAGGUCACACCAUUUUUCCAUACAAUGGCCAUUGCCAUUAUGAAUGCCCUUCCAUCGGACAGUCAAAAGGAUGAAGUGAUUACCACUACUAUAUUUUGUUACUGUAUUAGUACGUUGAUAACGGGUUUUACAUUUCUAAGUCUAGGGAAAUUGCGAUUAGGUAAAAUUGUUGGAUUUUUCCCUCGUCAUAUUCUUAUCGGCUGUAUAGGUGGUGUUGGUUACUUCUUAUUGAUUACUGGAAUUGAAGUAUCUACACGUGUUGCCAAAUUCGAGUAUUCUAUCCCAUUCCUUACACAUUUAUUUGCCGAUUCAAAGACGAUUUGGAAAUGGCUUCUUCCUCUAGUAUUGACAGUUAUACUGGUUUUAACUCAAAAGUAUUUUAAAAAUUCAUUGGUGUUACCAUCUUUUUAUAUCAUGACACUUUGUUUAUUCCAUUUCAUUGUGGCAAUCUUACCAAAUUUAUCUCUAAAUAAUCUGCGCCAUAAUGGUUGGAUUUUCCCUAUGGCUGCAUCUGAUACACGUUGGUAUGAUCAUUACAAACUAUUUGACUUGACGAAGGUGCAUUGGAUGCUAGUGUUAAGACAGGUUCCAACUAUGCUUGCUUUGACUUUUUUUGGUAUUUUACAUGUUCCGAUUAAUGUUCCUGCUCUUGCCAUGUCUUUACAAAUGGAUAAAUAUGAUGUGGAUAAAGAAUUAAUUGCCCAUGGGUGGUCAAACCUUGUAAGUGGUGCAGUUGGCUCUAUUCAGAACUAUCUAGUUUACACCAAUAGUGUUUUGUUUAUUCGUGCUGGUGCAGAUUCUGCAAUCGCUGGAUACAUUUUGACCUUCUUAACAAUAUGUGUAAUGAUUAUUGGACCUAUCAUUAUUUCAUACAUACCUAUUUGUAUUGUCGCGUCAUUAAUUUUUCUGCUGGGAUACGAAUUAUUAGUUGAGGCAAUCUGGGAUACUUGGGAUAAAUUAACAGUAUUUGAAUAUAUAACUGUGGUUAUUAUUGUACUCACAAUGGGUGUAUUUGAUUUUGUUCUUGGUAUUGUUGUUGGUAUUUUGAUUGCAUGUUUCAAAUUCCUUGUGGAUAGUACAAAAUUACAAACUAUCAAUGGAGAAUUCGAUGGUACAGUCGCAAAAAGUACAGUAGCUAGAGAUCAAGUUCAAUCGAACUUCUUAAGAGGUAUUGGUGAACAAAUAUAUGUUCUGAAACUACAAAAUAUGCUAUUUUUUGGAACGAUUAUUUCCAUCGAAGAAAAAAUAGAUAAGUUAUUAGAAAUUAGUGAUAACGAUUCCUCCAAGAGAAGAAUUAAAUAUUUAGUUUUGGAUUUCAAAAAUAUAAAUGCUGACAAUAUAGAUUAUUCCGCAGCUGAGGGGUUCAAUAGAAUCAAAAGAUUUACUCAAACAAAAGGUAUACAAUUAAUCAUUUCCUCAAUAUGCGAUAGAGACCAUAUCUAUAAGGCGUUCAAUAACGUUGGCUUAUUACAAGAUGUUGAACUUUUUAAUGAUUUAAAUAGUGCUUUGGAAUGGUGUGAAAAUGAAUUCUUGUUUAAAUAUAAAGAGUUACGUGAAAGAGCCAAAUUAAGAUUACAACAACAGAGAAAAUCAGCACAAGGAUCGACAAUCACAGGCACUACUCAAUCUUCGAAUCGUCGAAAUUAUACUCUACCUGUCAAUACACCAAGAAAUUAUCAAAUAUUACAUGUUGCACAGGAUGUUUUCAGAAAUGAGCAACGUACUACGAACACAUUAGCUGAAAAUUUGAAUGAUAUAUCAGAGACAGAAGAACCAAUAUUGACCUUGCUAUUAGUUGUUCUGAGACAAUACAGACCCAAGAUUAUAUCUCCAGACCGGGUAGAACGUGAGAAAGCAAUCUCCUUUUGGUCACAAUUAUCUUCAUACCUCGAGAGAAAAGAUUUUUCAGCAGAUUCCAUCCUUACAUACUCUGAUAAUAUUUUUUUCAUUGUAGAAAGUGGUGUCUUAAAAGUAAGUUUCAAUCUUCCACAAGGUUGUCUCUAUGAAACCAUAUCUACACGAACAUGCUAUGGUAAGAUGGUACAUAAAUAUAAUGAAAAUAAUGAUACAAGGGUUAUCGGUUCUGAUCCAGUGACCAUCAAAGUUGAGACAGAUUCUGUUCUCUGGAUGAUUGAAUCGGAUUCACUACAAAGGAUGAGACAGGAUAAUAUCGAAUUAUUUGUGGAACUUUCUUUGCUAAUGAUGACUAUCAAGGACACCCGAUUCAAAGAUUUACUAGGCUACGCAUUGGUCAGUUCUUGA